GCUGAAUCAUGACAUAAGUCGUAUCACAGAACGUUUACAACUCAUGACAAGGACACACAACACACAUUAGAGAACUCAGAAUAGUCAGAACAAAUGUCCCGUUUCACUUGAUGAACACAACAAUCGUCGUUAGCGCAUUAACUACUUUCCUUCGUUCCAACAUCACUUAGACAGUUGGACAUGUUCCUUCAUUCAUCAUUUCACUUGAUGAACACAACUUUUAGUUUCUCCCUGCAAUCAACAUGAGGAACCCAUGCUUUCGCUUCUCUAUUCUCAUUCUCAUUUUCUCUCUAUUCACCAAGAUUUCCCUUGCAGCUCUCACCACUGUCUCCGCAAACCAAACUCUCUCUGGUGACCAAACCCUCGUCUCAGAAGAUGGAAUCUUCGAACUGGGUUUCUUCAAGCCAGGUAACUCAUCCAACUACUACAUAGGCAUAUGGUACAAAAAAAUCACCGUACAAACAAUUGUGUGGGUAGCAAAUAGGGACAACCCAGUCUCUGAUAAGAACACUGCAAAACUAACAACAUGGGGUGGUAAUUUAGUUCUCUUAGAUGCCUCUUCAAAUCAAGUUUGGUCAACAAACACUACUUCUCCAAGUUCAUCUUCUGUUGUAGCUGUUCUCCUAGAUUCUGGGAAUCUUAUCUUAACAGAAAGUCCUAAUGAUGCUUCUGCUGAGGAAUCUCUCUGGGAGAGCUUUCAUCACCCAACUGACACGUGGCUUCCGGGUGGAAAAAUUAAACUAGACAAUAAAACAAAGCAGCCUCAAUACCUGACUUCAUGGAAGAACAACGAAAACCCUGCCACGGGUCUUUUCUCUUUGGAACUAGACCCCAAAGGAAGCACAUCUUAUUUGAUUCUUUGGAACAAGUCUGAACAGUAUUGGACAAGUGGUCCUUGGAAUGGGCACAUUUUCAGCUUGGUUCCCGAGAUGAGGGCCAAUUAUAUCUACAAUUUCACGUUUGAGUCGAACGAGAACGAGAGCUACUUCACCUACUCCAUGUAUAACUCUUCCAUUAUAUCACGGUUUGUGAUGGAUGUCUCGGGGCAGAUCAAGCAACUCUCUUGGUUGGAGAAUGCUCAGCAAUGGAACUUGUUUUGGUCACAGCCGAGACAACAGUGUGAGGUAUACGCCUUUUGCGGUGCGUUCGGGAGCUGCACUGAGAACUCGAUGCCUUAUUGUAACUGUUUGACGGGGUUUAAGCCAAAGUCACUCUCUGAUUGGAAUUUGGAGGAUCACUCAGGUGGGUGUGAAAGGAAAACCAAGUUGCAAUGCGAGCAUUCCAAUUCAUUUAACGGGGAUAAGGAUAGGUUUUUAGCUAUUCCAAACAUGGCCUUACCUAAACAUGCAGAAUCCGUUGGAGUAGGGAAUGCAGAGGAAUGUGAAUCAACCUGUUUGAGUAACUGCUCCUGCACUGCUUAUGCAUAUGUCAGUAACCAAUGUUCGAUUUGGAUUGGAAACCUUCUGAAUCUGCAACAGUUAUCUUCAGAUGAUAGUAGCGGACAAACUUUGCUUCUCAAACUUUCAGCAUCUGAGUUUCAUGAUGAUGAAAACAAUAACGUGACUAUUAUUGUUGUGGGUGUGGUUGUUGGCAAUGUGGUUCUCUUGGCCCUUCUUUUGUUUUUCUUGAUUAGGCGAAGGAAGAGAAUGGUUGGUGCAGGAAAGCCUGUGGAGGGUACGUUGGUGGCGUUUGGGUACAGAGAUUUGCAAAACGCAACGAGGAAUUUCUCUGAGAAACUGGGAGGAGGAGGGUUUGGUUCUGUUUUCAAAGGAACGUUGGGUGAUUCAAGUUUGGUAGCAGUGAAGAAGCUGGAAGGCAUUAGACAGGGAGAGAAACAGUUCAGAACAGAAGUUAGUACAAUAGGGACAGUGCAACAUGUUAAUCUCGUUAGGCUACGUGGAUUCUGCUCCGAAGGUGCCAAAAGGUUGCUAGUUUAUGAUUACAUGCCAAAUGGGUCCUUGGAUUUUCAUUUAUUCCAGAAUAAGAAUUUUAAGGCGUUGGAUUGGAAAAUGAGAUACCAAAUCGCAUUGGGAACAGCGAGGGGAUUAACUUACCUUCACGAGAAGUGUAGAGAUUGUAUCAUACACUGUGAUGUAAAGCCAGAAAACAUUGUCUUAGAUGCUGAUUUUUGUCCCAAGGUUGCAGACUUUGGCUUGGCUAAACUUGUUGGAAGGGACUUCAGCAGGGUAUUGACAACAAUGAGAGGAACAAGGGGUUAUCUUGCGCCAGAGUGGAUUUCUGGGGUGGCUUUCACAGCCAAAGCUGAUGUGUACAGCUAUGGAAUGAUGCUUUUUGAGUUUGUAUCAGGUAGGAGGAACUCUGAGCCAUCAGAAGAUGGCAAAUUUACCUUCUUUCCUACCUUGGCAGCAAAUGUUGUUGUGCAAGGUGGCGAUGUUGUUAGCCUUUUGGACCCUGGUUUGGAGGGUAAUGCUGAGAUUGAGGAGGUGACUCGAAUCAUUAAAGUUGCUUCGUGGUGUGUCCAAGACAAUGAGGCUCACAGGCCAAGCAUGGGUCAGGUGGUGCAAAUCCUUGAGGGGAUCUUGGAGCUGAAUUUGCCUCCCAUUCCAAGAUCCCUUCAAAUGUUUGUUGACAGCCACGAGAGUUUAGUUUUCUUCACUGACUCAAACUCCUCGCAGAGCUCACAGGUGAAGAGCAACGUCUCUAAGAACUCCUCCUCAAGCCAAAAGUAACAUCUCUUCUGCAUGCAACAAGUCCUUGCGAGGAGAAAAAUAGAGGACGUGUCUCUCUAUUGUUAUUUGUUACUCAUGCAAAAUAUAACAUUUUUUUUUGGUUGUACGAAUAUAAUUAUCCUUCAACACCGAGAGUUCGUAUACACGUAGAGAGAGACAAUUGUUGGUGUGAUAAAUAAUAUCAUGUGAUAAGAAGAAAUAAGUACAGCAAGAUGAUAGGUUCGUAUAACGUAGCAGUUAUCCAUGUAUCAUUCCUCUGCCUUGAAUGUAAUUGUAAUUGUUAUAAGGAAUGAAGUAAAUCAUGAAAUUCUCUUUC